CACAACACACGUCCCACAGACCUUCGGGGACAGAAGAACUGAUGCAAUUGCAGGGAUAAAUUGCGAUCAACAAGGUGACCUUUCAGCUAUCAUCUCCAAAGCGUCGCAAAUGUCCAGGAUUACUUGAUUUGGAAGCACGGAAACCAGCCUCUUGAACUCUACCAACAUUAAUUCUUACCCACCUACUUAUCGGCCAGCCAUGUCACUCGCAGAGAUUUCUCUCCGGCUUCUCCGCCUCAGUCCGGCGCUCGUAUCCUCCAUGACCCUCAUGUUCGCCCUCGACGAGCACCUGAUGUUCGGAACUUGGGUGCAGGACCCCAUCCGCCCACUGGCAAACUCAAUACUUCCGGCCUGGUGGACUAGGGGCGGCCUUCGAUGGCAGUGGGUGCUGAUCAUCUUCUACCCCGUCAACUACCUUCUCGGCACUCUCAACCUGCUUAUACCGGGACAUAAACUCGGCUCGACAACGUGGUAUGCAUGGGGACUGUUCUUCAGCCUAGCUCAUAUGCUAUUUGCGCCGACAGCUCUGCGCCGCAUAGCAGCUAUCGAGAAGAACGUCCCAAAGGGUAAUGUUGUCAUCUCUAUGGAGUCUUGGCUUCGGAUGAAUUGGAUUAGGGCUUGGACUACGGAUCUGCCGGCUUGGUUGUGCUUUAUUACUGCUGCGCUUAAGGCGCUGUGAUGGAUGAUGGCGAGCAGGUUGACGAGGACAAUGUGGGUGACGGUGUCGAAGGGGGCGGGAAUCAGAGGGCGGAGUACGGGUGGGGGCAGUAGAUUGCAAUCUUUAAGCUCGCAAUAUGUAGCCAAAGCCGGUGUGAAAUAAUGAUCUAGUAUUAGCCUCAACGCUCAACAGGCUCCUUUUAGGCGUGCGAUGUGCUCACGAUACGAGCUGUGUAGAAGAUGACUGCACACGUCCACGGGUAUUUUAAGGGAUGAAGCUUUGAUCGUUUACGCCCCGACCCACUUACUAGCCUCACGCUAGCGGACCGUUCUGCCGGAGGCUCUCUGGUUCGAAGAUAC